AUAUAUAUAUAUAUAUAUAUAUUGACUGAUCUAAUUCACAAACACAUAUAUACCUGAUUUGCUUGGUCUCCACUCAUCCCCAGCAAAGAUUGAGUCCAUUUCAAUUUGCUUUUAAAUAACAUAUUGUUUGUGAUCAAUCUAAACAUGUAAACCAAUCAACAACAAGGGAACGUAUCAACCAAUCAGCGAGUAGUUUGAUCAUCAGUUAAACUGUUUCAUGUUACAUAUCAAGCGACCAAUGGAUUCAUUGGAAAAAUAAACCAUCUUAAAAUAGUAAUUUACUAUUUUCCUGUUUAAAAUUUUCCUUUUCACCUAUGACUACUUAAACUACUUAUAAUUUAACAAAAACCUAUUUAGACAUAUACAUAUCAUGUUGAUUUAUUCGGAAUUACUACCUAAUUAUAUGUUGAAAGAUAAUCCAUCAAAAUAUGAUUAUUUGAAUAAUGCAAAAGAAAAACGAUUACCUAGGUUUGCUUUAUCAGAAAAAAAUAAAAAUCGACAACUAUAUGAAAAUCAAAUUAAUUUCACUCCUAACUCUCAUAUUUUCACAAUGAAUUCAUCACAAAUUACAACAAUGAUACAUUCAUAUCGUUUGCCAAUGUUUCCUACAUUAUUACCAAAAUUAGAAACAAAUCAAAAUUAUUAUAAUUUAGAAGAAAAUCAAUAUAAUAAUGAUAAUAAUAUUGAUGAUAGUGAUUCAUAUAAAUCACAUAUUACAUUAGAAUCAAUAACUAAUAAUUCGAAUAAAAUAAUUCAAUUAAAAAAUAUUCAAUCAAUCAAUAAUUAUUUAUUACCAAAAUAUGAAAUAAUCAAUAAAAAAGAAGAAAAUAAUUUUGAAAAGAAAAUAAAUAAUAAAGAAAAAUGUAAGUUGAUGAAAAAUGAAGAAGUACAAAAUAUAAAUGAUUGGGAAUUUGAUCAAAUUAAAACAAAAAAUAAUCUUUCUAUUCGUAUUAAACAUAUUAAUGAAUUAUUUUGUGAAGUAUCUAGGAAAAUGUACUGUUUAAGCGAAGAAAACGGAUCAUUAAUGAAUAAUUUAUUCAAAGCAGCAGAACAUUUAAAAUAUUUAAAAAACAUUUUAAAUAAUGGUCAAGAGCAUCGUUCAACAUUUCAAUAUAAUUAUCAAAUUGAUUCAGUUAAUCGAAUUGAAAAUUCAUCCCAUAAACCUAACAACUGUUAUUCUCCAAGUAGACAUUGUAUUUCUCCUCAUCAAAUUAUGAAUGAUGAUUUCAAUAUUCAUAGAUUAAAAUUAAAAACUGGAAGUUUACAUGAAAAUUUAUUUUCAUUUUCUCAACCAAACUUAAAUCAAGAUAUCAAUGACUGUAAUCUUUCAGAGAAAUAUAAUACUGACAAUGGUACUCAUAUGGAUCAUUAUCAGUAUCAUAAUAAUAAUAAUAAUAAUAAUAAUAAUAAUAAUAAUAAUAGUGAUAACAAUAAAUGUAAUAAAUACACAGAGAAGACACGUUUGGAUAUAUAUAAAACAAAAGUCAUGAACACUAAUGAACAUUAUGUACAGAAGAUCGGUGACAAAUUACUUCAGCAUUCACAAACUAGUAGAAUUUCGCAAAUAUUUACCAAAGCAAAUCACUUUUCAACGAUCAAUUUGACAACUUCAUUAUUUCGUAGUGCUUCGAAGGAAAGAUCUAAAAGAAGACUUAUGUAAUCACAAUUUAAUCUUUCUAAUCUUUUUAAUUUUUCCUCUUUCCAUUGUAACUGUUUCCACUUUUUUCCUACUUAAAGUAUAAACAUUGGAGUUCCUAGUAGACUUAAGUUAAUAAUUCGAGGUAACUAUAGUCGACUCAUAAAACUGUUGAGAGAAUGUCGUUCGGAAGAGAACAAUAUUUUUUUGUGGCUUCAAAUAGAAAGUUCAAAUAGGAGACUGUAAAAACAAAAGCGAAUAAUAUAUUCUAUUUAAACUAUUUAUUACUUCAUGUAAAAAUACGAAGAAAUUUUUGUACGAAUUUCGCAUUUUUUUUGUUUCAAACAUUGCUCGAUUUCUGAUUGUAAACACAUGAAAGUGAAAAUAACAACACUUGUUGCAAC